CACGCAUCAUAUGUUGUACAUGCAGGUGUGUAGAAGUGGGAGUGACACUUGGAAACGUGGGAAACUGACUCACAUUCCCAGAACUGAUAAAUACCCACUCCCUGCUUGGCCGGGCCUUGUUUAGAGUGACCAUGACUCUGCAACAGUGGUUGCUGAUUUUGGCUGCGGAAUGCAUCUUUACAUGCAUCUCCGGCCAGUCUUUUCCUCAGAAGAGACUGUGUGCAUUCCAAGUGACUCCCCAGACAAAAGCAUACACAAAGGUUGGCAAUGUGAGUGGGUCUGUGCAGCUCUGUGAGAACACCCAAUGCUGCGUGGGUUAUUAUCGGGUCAUCGAUGACCAGCUAAAGGUUGACGUUCUUGCUUGUGAUAUUGUUGAAAAGUCUUGCCCAGAUGCAACCUGCAAGUCACAAGUACGCUACAACGGUCUCCACAUUAAGUGUGUGUGCAACACAGACCUCUGCAAUAGCAACAUCACUUGGAUCCCAGAGUCAGCAGAGCCUCCACCCACCUACUCUUAUUCUCUAGUUCAACCCAAGAAAGCUGCUGUAAUAAUUCUGACUGGAACAUUGCUAGUCCUGUGCUUCCUGUUGCUGAUUGUUGCAGCCAAAUGGAAGAGCCGAUUUAAAAAGAAAAACGCAGAAUCAGACAUACGGCUAAAAAUGAGGCCAGUGAAGAUGAACCAAGAGAAUACACCCUUUCUUGAUGAUUACAGUGUCUCACGACUGUGUUCCUGCAAAACAACAAAAACCUCUGAGAUCAACGCCGCUAACAUUGAACUACAGCAGAUUGUAGGCUAUGGCCAUUUUGCAAAUGUUUGGCGGGGGAAAUACCAGGGAUCCACAGUGGCUGUGAAAGUUUUCCCUGCUAGCUGGAAAACUAAAUUUACUGCAGAGAAGGAGGUCUAUGAGCUACCACUGAUGAAGCAUGCUGGGAUUGUCCACUUCCUCGGCACUGGGAGGAAACCGGACGGAGGCGGUUGGCUCAUUGUCCUGCAAUUUGCUGAAUGUGGUUCUCUUCACUCCUAUCUAUGUAAACACACCAGCAACUGGAUGUUGUCACUGAAAUUGUGCCGGUCUUUAUCGCAGGGACUUUCCUAUCUCCACUCUGACCUUCACAUACAUGGUUUGCAUAAACCACCUGUGGCCCACAGAGACUUCAGCAGCUCCAACGUGCUCGUGAGAGCAGAUGGGACUUGUGUCCUGUGUGAUUUUGGAUGCUCAACCAUCCUGCGUUUUUGUUCAAGACAUCGUUGCUGGCAGAGCCAAACAACAAACAUGGAGGGUCACGCUCAGUUGGGCACACUGCGCUACAUGUCCCCGGAGAUCCUGGAAGGCCAUGUAAACCUGAGCAAUAGCUUUUGUCUCAUGCAGGGGGACAUAUAUGCGUUGGGACUGCUGCUGUGGGAGAUCUGGAUGCGCUGCUCCGAUUUAUUUGAAGGCGGUAUUGCUCCACAGCACCUUUUGCCUUAUGAAUCUGAGCUGGGAGACAAUGUAACCCUGGAGAGCCUCAUCCAACAUGUGUUUCACAUGGACAAGAGACCCUCCAUACCCAAACACUGGGAAUUGCUACCACAGGGAUCUGUGCUGCAGGAGCUCCUAACAGAUUGUUGGGACUGUGACCCAGAUGCUCGACUGACUGCUCAGUGUGUAGCGGACAGAUUGUUCUGUUUGUACUCUUCCGUUGAUUUGUAAUAUACAUAUCAAGCAUAUGCUCUGUUUUUUGUGUCAUGACUGUUUUAUUUUUGUCUGAAUAGGCAGCCUCGAUUUGAAGUGUGACUUCUUCUUAUUGCUAAUCAUAUUUGAUAUUUAUGAUGAUCUGCUGGUCAUACUUCAAUCAAUCUAUAUUAUUUGUCACAAGAAAUCGCACAAGGUACAAUUCAAGUGAAACAUUAUCCCAUCAGCUCCUUCAACUUGU